AUGACCACCGCUACAGCCGCCGUCACCACCAUCAACGACCUCCCUGAGGCUAUCCUCUCCGUAAUCGUCGCCUCCGUCUCCGACACCCGGGCACGCAACUCCCUCUCCCUAGUGAACCAGAAGUUCCUUUCAUUGGAGCGAGCCACGCGCUCCUCCCUCGCCAUCCGGGGCAACGCGCGGGACCUCUUCCUCAUCCCGACCUGCUUCCGAUCCGUCACUCACCUCGACCUCUCUCUGCUCUCCCCCUGGGGCCACUCCUUCCUCCUCUCCUCCGCCGACGCCCAAUUGCUGGCCGCCCUCCUCGCCGGCAAGUUCCCUUCCGUCACUUCCCUCACCGUCUACUCCCGAUCUCCCCUCACCCUAGACGUCUUGCUCGCCCACUGGCCCCGAUUGAGCCAUCUCAAGCUCAUCCGCUGGCACCAGCGCCCUUCCUCCCUCCAGCUCGGCGACGAUUUCGAGCCCCUCUUCCGACAUUGCGCCCACCUCCGGAGCCUCGAUCUCUCCAAUUUCUACUACUGGACCGAGGACCUGCCUCCGGUUCUGCAGCGGCAUCCCCUCGUCUCCAAGUCCCUCACGCGCUUGAACCUGCUCACGGUCUCGCUCAGCGAUGGGUUCAAGGCGGAGGAGAUUGUCGCCGUCACGGCCGCUUGCGGCAAUCUGACCGAGUUUCUCGUCGCCUGCACGUUCGAUCCAAAUUACAACGGAUUCAUCGGCGACGAGACGCUGGUCGCGAUUGCUGCCAAUUGCCCCAAAUUAUCCAUUCUCCAUCUAGUCGAUACGGCGUCGCUGCUGACAGUCAGAAGGGCUCCCGAGGAAGACGGUUACACAGCGGAGGACGCGCUGGUGACUCUGGUGGGGCUGACGGAAUUCUUGGCAGGGCUUCCGCUUUUGGAGGAGCUGGUUCUGGACGUUUGCAAAAACAUUAGGAGCAGCUCCACAGCUCUGGAAGCUCUGAAACGGAAAUGCCCCAAAUUGAAAGUGCUCAAGUUAGGGCAUUUCCAUGGAAUUUGUCUGGCGAUUGAGUCGCAGCUUGAUGGGGUUGCCUUGUGCUCGGGGCUGGAAUCGUUAUCCAUCAAGAACUCGGCUGAUUUGACUGACAUGGUGUUGAUAGAGAUUGCCAGGGGUUGCAGCAAGCUUUGGAAAUUUGAGGUUGAGGGUUGCAAUAACAUAACAGUACAGGGUAUGAGGACGAUGGCUUGUUUGCUUCAUAAGACGCUUGCCGAGGUUAAGAUCUCCGCUUGCAGGAAUCUCAAUGCGGUUUCUUCGGUGCGUGCUCUGGAGCCUGUCUGCCACCGAAUCGAGAGAUUGCACAUAGACUGCGUGUGGGAUGGCCUGGAGAAGGAAGAGUAUGGUAGUUGCCUCGGUUUCGAUUUGAAUGAGGGUCUCUAUGAUGAGGACAGUUAUGGUAGCGACACGAAGAAAUGCAAGUACUCUUCUUCAGAGUCGUCGUCCUAUCAUUACAGUAAUGGGAAUGGGUUCAGCAGCAGCACAAGAACAUGGCAGAGGCUCAAGUAUCUCUCUUUAUGGAUUCCUGUUGGCGAGCUAUUGACGCCAUUGCCGAGGGCUGGUCUUGAGGAUUGUCCCAAAUUGGAGGAAAUUCGAAUAAAAGUUGAAGGAGAUUGCAGAGAGAGACCAAAACCAUCCCAGGGUGGUUUUGGGUUGAACACUCUGGCCGAGUGUUAUCCUGAGCUGUGGAAGAUGCAGCUGGAUUGCAGCGAGACGAUUGGUUACGUGCUCACAGCUCCAUCGGGGUCAAUGGAUCUGAGCCUUUGGGAGAGGUUUUUCUUGAAUGAUAUAGAGAGCUUGAGCAUUGUGGAGCUUGAUUACUGGCCGCCUCAGGAUCGGGAGGUUAACCAGAGAAGUCUGUCGCUCCCAGCAGUUGCGUUGCUUUCCAGAUCCCGGACGUUGAGGAAGCUGUUCAUCCAUGGGACUGCACACGAGCAUUUCAUGAGGUUCUUCCUGGCGAUUCCUAGCUUGAGAGAUAUGCAGCUGAGGGAAGACUACUAUCCGGCUCCAGAAAAUGAAAUGAGUACCGAGAUGAGAGUGGACUCCUGCAGUCGGUUUGAGGAUGCGCUGAAUUCAAGACACAUCCCUGACUGA